CUUCAACAGUUCAGCCAUGGCGUACCGAGUGCUGGAGGUCACACUCCUGUCGGCCAAGAACCUAAAGAACAUGAACCUCUUCAGCCGCAUGGAGGUUUACGCGGUGGCCACCAUCGCUGGCUACCCGAUCACCCAACAAUGCACCCCGCCGGACCCCCACGGCGGCCGCAACCCGACCUGGAACGCGACGGUCUGGUUCGCCGUCCCGCCCAUCGCCAGGGAGGCCACCUGCGGCCGCCUCCACAUCCUCCUCCGCAUGAAGCGCACGUUCGGCGCCGACCGCGACGUCGGCGAGGUCAUGGUGCCCCUGGCGGAGCUCUUCACUGGCGUCGGUUGCCAUGGCUGCGACUACCUCGACGGCCCCACGUUGCCACAGUUCGCGUCCUACCAGAUCCGCAAUGCGCACCGCAGAGACGCGCGCAGCGUGCUCAACCUGACGUACCGUCUCGGUCCGGUCUUCACGCCGCAGCAGCAUCAGGCCCUCGCCUGGAUGUGA